GAAACCCAGUUAAUUAGUUCAUUUCAGUCGAAAUCGUAAGCUACCUGGAUUGAAUCAUCGGCUUAUCCUUUGAUUUUGACAUGUCGCUUGGGAUAAAUUGGUACCAAUUCGAACGCGAAAAAACGCGAGCGUCUUUCUAAACGUCUUGGUUCCGCCAAACCUUUUAAAAAACGCGUCACAUGGAGAGCACGCGGAGCCCUUGUUCCCUUGAAUCAGUAUUGCUACCAACCAGCCAUAAUGACAAAAAAAGACUUAUAUAGCAUGCUGCUCCUCCCCUUGAUCAUUCUCCUGAUCGCUACGUAUUUUGCGCCUGCGCCAAACAAGACCAUAAUGUACUCUGACCUUGCUCGCAUUUCUCCAUUGAGCUUCAACCUUUCAAGCCCUGUCAUACAACUUGACUACACCGCCUUGUCUGACCCGCAACCUAAGCGUCAAGUGUAUUUGAGCAGUAAUCAAGACGACAGAGUCACUGUUGAAAAUUCUUUUCGAGAGGUCGAAAAUGGCUACGAGUUGACACUACAGCUUUGGACCAUGGUGGACGUCGAGCUCCAUACACUCAAGGCUACAUAUUGGGCAGAUUUGACAGAUAUCAGAAUGCUUGCCAAUGGUUAUCAAAGCUGGAGUCAGACAAGGGAAUUAAAUGAAUAUGGUCGACUUAACAAAAUACCUUAUCCAGUUGCUUGGAUCACUAAAUUCGAUCUUCAAGGGGACUACGAUUUUUAUAAUUACACAGGCGACACUGGAAAUAUCUUCUCUAGUACCGUCACUCACCUUAGAUUCCCUGAUGAUCAAUUUCUUUUUGUUGGAUCGAUUUCUGAAGAGUCCGGCUACACCUAUCUGGAGGGAAAUUUCAAUGACAAUUCCUUUACCAUCUACAAGGAUAUUGAAGGAAAACAUUUGAAAGCAAAUGAUAGACUGGUCAUCAAGUGCUUCAUUUCGCAAGGCUAUGACUUGCCUGGUAUGUGGCGCUCUUAUGCCCGUUAUUAUACACAAGGUGAACUACUCGGGCCACCUGUUACUGGAUGGACGAGUUGGUAUAACUAUUACGAAGCUGUGACCGAAAAGGACAUUAUGGACAAUUUGGCGGCCAUGCAAGCACAAAAAUAUCCCAUCGAUUAUUUUCAGAUCGAUGACGGGUACCAGCAAAUGAUAGGAGAUUGGCUUGAUACCAAUGCCAAGUUUCCAAGCGGUAUGGCAGCCAUUGCAGAUCGAAUCAAAAAUGCAGGCUAUACGCCAGGCUUAUGGUUAGCACCGUUCUCCGCUCAAUACAAGAGCGCUGUUGUCGCCGCUCAUCCCGAAUGGGUACUUCGAAAGCCAGACAAUCAAUCAGAGUAUCUGGUAGCAGGUCCGAAUUGGGGUGGGUUCUAUGCCUUGGAUAUUUACAACCAGGAAUUUAGAGAUCACUUGAAAAACGUUUUCGAUACUGUACUGAAUGCAUGGGGAUUUGGUCUUGUCAAGUUGGAUUUCUUGUUCGCAGCUGCCAUGGUGCCGCGAUUAGGCAAAACCCGCGGUGAGAUCAUGUGGGACGCAAUCACACUUUUGCAAGAAAUUGUGGGUGACAAGAUCAUACUUGGCUCAGGUGUUCCUUUAGCAUCUGCUUGGGGUCGUGUAGCAUAUUGCCGGGUUGGUUCAGAUGUAUCUCCUUGGUGGGAAGAUUCCAAGCUCAAGUUUUUCAAUGUGCGUGAAAGAGUCUCAACUGCAAACUCAUUGCUGUCCACAUUGAAUCGCUGGGGUAUGAACAACAUGUUUGGAAAUGAUCCAGACGCUAUUUUGCUUCGCACGCAAGGCAACAAGCUCACAUCCGAUGAACGUUAUACUCUAUGUGUAUUGAACAACGUCCUUGGACACCUUGUUUUUACAUCCGACAAUGUCAGUCAGUACGGAGAUAAAGAGCAUUUGUUAUAUGCAGGCACGUUUCCAAAGGUCAAUGCAGUGAUCCAAUCGGUCAAGGAAAUUGAAGAUGAGGUAUACAGAAUUGAAUACGUGAUACCAAGCGUCCAAGCACCUGGCACACGAUAUACUACUUAUGUCAAUAUGGCUCCCAUACCACGUUGGGUCAACAUGCAUACAAGGGAUCAACCCACUACAUUUUUUGAGUCUGUCAGCCCUCUUGACCCUAUCGAAGCCUUCGUAUGGCCAUCUGGUGCCAAGUUGAUGCUCCGAUCGCACCAAACAAGAACCUUCUUCGAAUCCAGUAGCAACAAUCAAUCCGUGACUCUUAUCGGCUCUCAAGGACACAUUAUACCGGCAGCAGAAAUACAACAUUGGGAGAUGGACGGCCAUAACGUGAAAGUCACUUUCAACGAACGUCGAAUUGCCAAGUCCACGCUGUACUUUAGAGUUCCUGCCACCUUAGACACUCCGGUUACAGUCAAUAGCUUGACGACGGUCAGAGAAACCAUCAAGUGUGGAAAUGAUUCCAUUAUCGUUGCCACUAUUGUUGUUUAAAAAAAAACGAGGAAUAUUCGUAUGGGGAGCUGAGUGGCAAGAAUGCACGCAUUCCGUCUUUUUCUUUUCCCUCUCAUUUGUUUUGUUCUUUUCUAUGUAAAUAU